AAUGAAAAAUCUACCUUACCCUGUCUAUCCUUCUCUAUAAAAAUUGUAAUUAGCUUAUCAGAUUCUCAAUUCAAGAUUCCAAGAAUUUUUCUUUAAAGGAAAUAAAAAACAAUUAAAGAAAAAUAAAAUAGAAUUUCCUACUUUGUACUAAAAGAUGGAUGUCAUAACAUUUGGUGUCAUAAUCGGCAUAAUCGUUCUCUUUUUAUGCAUUGUUUGUUAUAUCACCAUUGAAGGCACCUGUAAGCGCCGUUCUUAGCAAACCCCUUCCAAACACGCCCUUAUAAACCCCUUUUACAUUCUCCGUUAUUUCAGUUCCUUACACACUUGAAAAAUAAACUACCAAUGUCGUCUUUCACGACCCAGAUCUUCAUUUUCUCAAUUUCGGCUCUAAUCUUACUCUCUGGGUUAUGUUUCGAUCUGGGUUUUGCCACUGGAACGACGCCGUCUCAGGACCACCACCACUGUGACCAUUCACAUGACCACCACCACCACCACCAUCAUGACCACGAUCAUGGUGGGCUUCAGCAUACGGAGAAGAAAAUGUUGCUGCCGGAGGAGUUGGCUGAGGAGGAAGAUAUGAGAUUGUACGGAUUUGGGCCGUACCAUCAUGAACGUGAUCAUGAUCAUCAUGUUGGUGUUUCGCAGCACGUGGGUUUAGGGCUGUGGUUUAAAGCAUUGGGUUGUUCACUUUUGGUGAGCUUGGCGUCGUUGAUUUGCUUGAUAUUCUUGCCAGUAAUCUUUAUACAGGGGAAGCCAUCCAAAGCGGUUGUUGAUUCAUUGGCUUUGUUUGGGGCUGGAGCUAUGUUAGGGGAUGCUUUUCUUCACCAAUUGCCUCAUGCUUUUGGUGGUGAGCAUUCCCACUCACAUGAUCACCAUGAGGACCAUGCACAUCAGCAUUUUCAUUCGCAUUCUUUGAAAGAUCUGUCUGUGGGAAUAUCUGUUCUAGCGGAAUUGUACUCUUUUCUUGUGGAGAAAUUGGUGAGAUAUGUUGAUGAGAACUCUGGAGAAGCUGAGUCGUGGGGUCAUGGUCACCACCACCACCAUCAUAAUAGUAAAAAAUUGAAGGAUGAUGAUGAUGUUCAUGGAAAGAAGCAAUCACAAUCUUCCUGUGGAACUGAAGAAAAAGUUUCAGAUCAGGUGUCUGAAGACUCUUUGACUAGAGAUAGUGUUACUCAGCAGGGAUCUCUUUGGAGGAGAAAGACUUCCUCUAGUGCUAGGGAUGAUAAAUCAGAUGUUGAUGCGAUGGAUGGCUUGUCUGAUGAUCCUAAAUCCUUGGAAAAGAAAGAACCUGCUCGAUCAUCAAAUCUUGUGUUUGGUUAUCUCAAUCUCUUUUCUGAUGGUGUUCACAAUUUUACUGAUGGGAUGGCAUUAGGAAGUGCUUUCCUGCUUUAUGGAUCUGUUGGUGGGUGGUCUAGAACUCUAUUUUUGCUUGCCCAUGAGCUUCCUCAAGAGGUUGGCGAUUUUGGUAUUCUGGUGAGAUCAGGUUUCAGCGUAUCCAAAGCCCUCUUCUUCAACUUUCUCUCUGCACUUGUGGCUUUAGCAGGAACUGCAAUUGCUUUGCUCUUGGGACAAGAUCCUGGACAGUCAUCUUUGAUUGAGGGAUUUACAGCAGGUGGAUUCAUCUACAUUGCUGUCGCUGGAGUGCUUGCAGAAAUGAAUAACUAUGGAAACUCAGCAUUGAAAAGUACUGCAGUCCAAUUAACCUCACUGAUAUUGGGCAUGAGUGUCGCCCUUUGUAUUUCGCUUGUUGAAUGAAUAAAACAUUUGGAAAUCUAUACGAUAUCCCAAAUUAACCACACAGGAAAGAAAAUGGUGAUGGCAGGUAAUCAUAGAUGUAAUGAGAGUUAUACAAAAGUAUUUUGAGGUUUAGGUACUUGGUUACUAUUGUGAAUUGUAAGGGAAACUUGUUCUUUCUCUAAAUUUGUGGUGAUUGUUAAGAAUACUAGUUUCUAUCAGAUUCUUAUAGAGAAGUAACAAAAAAAUCUCUAUGUAACACUUGAAAAAUUGAUGACUUAUCUUUUUUUUUUUUUUUUUAAUCAUAUGAGCCGUUGGAUGGGCAUAUUUUUCA